UUUGAUUUUAGGAUUAUGAGGUUAGGUUUCCCGUUUCCCUAAUUUUUAUUUAUUUUGAUAAUUUUUCAUUAUUUGCCGAUACGAAGUGCCUCCCGUCUGAGGCUCAAAAAAAUCGAAAAAUAUGCCUUAUAAAGCUCCAAUAGUCUGUUUGAAAUGCGAAGUCACCGAAUCCUCAUUCUGGACCAACGCCGAAAAUUUGGGCGUCAUUUGCUUGGACUGCGUCACCGAGGCUAAAAAGGACAAGGACGCAGACAAAACUGGAGAUUCCAAAGAGGACGGAGAUGGAAAAUCUACAUCAAAAAAGAAAACCAGAGCAGUCAAGGCCUACAGGACCCGACAUAAUCCUAAUGCAACUCGUAAGCAGUCUUCUGUACCCAAAGGUAAAGGCAGAAGAAGUCUCUUUAAGAAAGUCCCCAAAAAGUCUCCUUCACAGGUUGCUACAGUUAUAACUAGCGAUUACGUGUUUCAUAAGGGCAGUUACUUUCAAACUGGUGACAUAGUCUCUACAACUGAUGAAAAAAAUGACUGUUUCUACGCCCAAAUUAUUGGACUAAUGACUGAUCAGUAUUUCAAAAAAAGCGUUGUGAUUCAGUGGCUGUUGCCAACCAAGGACAGUCCUCCUCCAAAUGAAGAAUUUGAUCCAGCGACUUACACUUUAGGUCCAGCAGAAGAUUUGCCAAGGGACCUGGAAUAUUUCGAUUUUGUUAUGCACGCACCCUCAGAUUUUUAUAAAUCUAAAACGACGCCAUAUGUGCCUAUAAGGCCUUUAGCUACUGCUGGGUUUAUUUGGAGUUCCAUGGGCUCUGUUAAGAGACAUAAAGAAUAAAUCAUGAUAUUAUCGUUUUAUUCUAGCUGGUUAUGCUUUAAAAUUAAACGAAACUAAAUUGACAAACAUUAAACUAAAAAUUAAGAAUUAUUGGUCGAUCUAGUUUGUAAUCAUUUUUUCUGGUUGAAUGGUCCUUACGUAAAUAAAGUAUUUUAUAAUUUUAUCUGC